ACAGUCGGUCUCCACCCAGAUAAAAGGUCAGCGGGACCAGCUGACCGCCCCACCCAGUGAGGCAACAGCUCGCGAGGCUCGUAUAAAACCCACGAGCCGCCGGUUGGCCGCACAGCUAGCUCGCUAGCAUCGUCUCGCGCUAGCAUCGUCUCCCUCCACUCCGUUAGCACGACACGCACCGAGUCCUUUCAACGGUUAGCGAGGUAGCGCCAGCUCGACCGGUAGCGGGACGUCCCUUCCUCUGGCAGGAACACUUUGGACUUCCAGCAUGGCUUCCACUCCUCCACACAAUUUCUCCUGGGUCGACCCAGACAAACUGGCCGGACUGGCGCUGCCCAGGAUGACGUCUGAAUACCAGUACCUGCUGGACAACGGUAUCAAACACCUGGUUUGCCUGUGCGAGAGAAAGCCGCCGUGCUACGACUCGUGCCCGGAGUUGCGGCUGCACCACAUCGAGAUCGUGGACUUCACUCCUCCCUCACCGAGUCAGAUCGAUAGAUUCCUCUCCAUCGUGGAAGAGGCCAACUCCAAGGGAGAGGGUGUGGGAGUUCACUGCAUGCACGGUCAUGGGCGAACCGGGACCAUGCUGGCCUGCUACCUGGUGAAGACCAGGAAGAUGUCGGAGGUCGACGCCAUCCGCGAGAUCCGCAGUCUGCGGAAAGGCUCCAUCGAAACUCACGAACAAGAGAAAGCUGUGGUGCAUUUUGAUCAGCGCACAAAGUAGCUUUUACA